UCGGCGUCGUCGUCGUCGUCAUCGCCGUCUGUCGUCGUCUUCUGUCGUCGUCGUUGUCGUCGUCUUCGUCCUCGUCCUCAUCGUCGUUCUCCCCCCCCCUCGCCUCCCCUCGCCUUCCCACCUCCCGGGGCCACGCAGACCCCCGGGCGGUGGGCGCUGGGCGGCGAGCCCUCUCCCUUUUUUCGAGCGCGGGCGCCUCCGCCGCUGCACCACCGAGCCCCCCGGGCCCUCGCCGGCGCCUGCGCGCGCGCGCCGGAAGGCGUCGCUGGGCACAGGGGCAUGCCGGGCGACCCCUGGCGCGGCGGAUACUGCGCGGCCGUCGGCGAGGAGGAGGGGACGCCCGGGGCUCGCUGGAGGCGGCUCGCCGCUGCGGCGCCGUUGGCGACGCUGCCGCUGGCCCUGCUCGGCGGCGCGCUGGCGCUGCGGGGCGGCCCCGCGGCGCAGCGCGUGGCGCAGCGCGCGGCGCGCCCGCAGCUCCUGCUGGCGGAGUUCGAGCGGCGCGGCCAGGAUGUUGGAUCUGGCACCGACGCGGAGUCGGUGGCCGCGGUCGCGCUCGAGCCGUUCACUUGCGGCAAGUAUGGAUGCCUAGACGUCCGCAGCAUGGCCGCCUGCGGUUGCAGCCAGUACUGCCAGGAGGAUGGCAAUUGCUGCCCCGACUACACGGCAGUGUGCGCGCCGGCCAGGAUCCAGCAGGGCCUGGGCGCAUGGGGUGGUUGCCCACAAGGUGCGGCUCCUCCCAUGCCGCAGGUGCCGGGGUACAGCCCCGUGGGCGAGGCGUUGAGGGUGAAGGUGCUGUCAUACAACCCAGAAUGGUGGCACGUCAUCGAGCAGCUCGGUGGCAACAGCAACAGUGCUGCGCGGCUCAUCUCGCAGGGCGGACCCAGCCUUUCGACAUCAUCGGCUUCCAGGAGUUCUACGACCCCUGGUGGGGCCUCGCCAGGCCCGGGUACGACGCCUCCGAGCUGCUGCGGGACUACGCCUACGUGCGGGGCGAGCCAGGCGGACCCGUCGGUACGGUCAUCGGCUUCCGGAACGCGAGCUGGUCGCUGCUGGGCAAGGGGCAGCGCUUCGUGGCCGAGGACGAGGAGGGCCCCAUGUACUUCGGCACCGCGAAGG